CUUUUAUGCAGUCGUCUGGCUGACUACUAUCGAUUCGAUUAGAAAUUCGCUAGUUCCACUGGUAUUCUAGCAUUACCAGUCAAUUUAAUAAAUAGUUAUUAAAUUUACUAUUCUACAAUGAUGUUAUGUUUGAUUGCUGCAGUUCUCGUCUUGCAAGCAGAAUGUCAUUGUCCACAUAUGAUGGGUAUGAAGAUGGGAAAGCAAGAAGGGCCUGCUCCACCAAGCUCACUUCCAGAAGGAGAUAAGGGUUGGGACUACGAUGAGCAUGCUGCCGCACCUGGUUUCGUGCCACAGGAUCAUUUUAUCCAAACAACUUUCAUACAUCGCAGUGAGAACAAGCAACAAAAGGACUUUGCUACACUGGUUCUCGAUAAGCUCGGUGAAUUGCGGAAGCGUCUGAAGCAACAAGCUCGGCUAACAAUCGACAAUGAAGUGAUUUCUUGCGUUGAGGAUUCGGAACAUUAUCGUUGCGGUGACUUUCAGCCUGAGGGUAGCUAUCAUUACCUCGUUAUUGAAGAUUCAGCCAAAGGGGCAGCCGUAUAUUCUUUGGAACGAAAGCUCAACGAAAAGAAACCUGGUGCAACGGAAAUGGCAUUACUGGAUGCAUUAUCUCGUCACUCUCCUUAUCCGCUCACUCUUUACGCGUCUAAGGAAGCCGAUAAAGAAGUAGGCUUUGUGAGGGAGUUGUCACCAAAGGAACUGCGGACAAUAAACAAGCCGCCAAAAGUGGAAAUGGAGUUCUUUAGUCAUACCGAACUCGAUCUGGUAGAACCGGAUCUGCUUGAGUUUAGAAGUGGAGGAGAACUAGACAAAGUGGAGCAUAAACUUGUAGCUUAUAAGAGCCAGGAAGAGUUCACCAAAGCACUUGCGGCAAACAAGCAUAUUUUUAUACUUUUCUGGAGUCAUGUACACAGUGUAAGUCUACAUGCUUUCAACUUAUGGGCGAGGACAUCACAGAAAGCCAACUUUGGUUCAGGUGUGGUGUUCGCUCACGUCGAAUGCCAUAACCAUGCCGACUUCUGCCACGGAUUGACUCGCAAGGACUUCCAUACCAUUGUUGCUUAUAGAGAUGGCCAAAAUAUUGGCUCGACUUACUACCUCAGAGACGAAGAAUUUUACCUGCAGUGGAUGUAUCUAAUGUUUUCCGGUCCUCUAAUUGAGCUGCAUGAUGAUCUACAAAUCAAAAACGCUAAGAAAGGCAGAAUCUUUGGCGAUAUCCCACAUCCGGUAACCAUCGGGACAUUUCCGGAUCGAGACUGCUCGGAAUUCCAGCACUAUUCCAUCGCUGCUGAUAGACUUCACGGGCGAUAUUUUAUGGCCAUUCGUAUCAAACCGGGGUGA